GAGGGAGGGAGGAGCGUAGGGCAGGGGGGUCCCGUAGAGGGAGGGAGGAGCGUAGUGUAGGGAGGGUGUCCCCCAGCCCACACAGGGAGUCCCCCAGGGCACGCUGCGUGUCUCGCUCACCACCAUCUGGGGCACGCAGCGUGUCACGCACCCCACCCAGGGCUGAGAGAGGCUUCCCCAGGAGGAGGCCACAGAGGCUGCCGAGCAGCUCGGAGGAGGAGAUGGAGGCACCACCACCAACUGCCUCAGAGAGGAGAGAGGAGGAGGAGGAGGAGGAAGGUGAUGAUGGAGGAGAGGAGGGCCCCACCAACAAAAUGGCCCGAAGGUUUACCGGUGAAGAGAAUGGAGCACUGGUGGACGAGGUGAUAGCGCGAUGGGAUGUGCUGUUUGGGAGUCAGUCCCAUCGCAUCAAUGCUGCCAGACGCCAACAACUCUGGCAGCAGGUGACGGACAGGGUGAACACUGUGGGCGCUUUACACAGGGAUCGGACAACUGUGUAUAAGCGCUACAGUGACCUGAAGCGUUGGCUAAGGGCAAAACUUGUUACCAGGAGAGCGAAAGCCCAGAAGACCGGCGGAGGGCGUGUCCCUCCACUCAGACUUCAACCCCAUGAGCGCCGGCUUCUGGACAUUUUGGCCAAAGAGGGCAGUGAAGAACUGGACACAGACUGGAUACGACCACCGCAAACAUCGCGCCCGGACAGUGACCAGGACCAGGGUGAUGCUGCUCAGCAACCCCAGGAAGAGGGUGAGACUGAUGACUCUGAUAGAGCCCCGGAAGCUCAAGAACACCGAGCUGAACGCCGCGCCCAGUCGCCAGCCGUGAUUCCUGUGGUGCCCCCCAGACAUCGUGCUGCUGCCACAGCAAUUGGGGGACCACCACAAGAGGAAGGACGGCGACUGGCUGAUCAACCUGCGGCACAACCGGGGCUCGUCAACGUGAUGCUGGCCAUGCUACGCCAGCAGCGCUACCAGGAUCUCAGGAUGAGGCGGUGGAUGGCCCAUAUCUAUGCAGAGAUGCGGGAGACCCGGAUGGCCAUCCAUCGAGGAUUCCAGGACCUGGUGGCAGCCCAGUCUCACCGACCAAGGGGCCCUGCUGAGGGUGAAGUCCCUGGUCCACCUGCUGCUCCCCCUCCACCCCCUGAAGCUCCUCAACAUCGGAGGGAAAGGGGGCAUGGAAGGGGACACAGUCCUGUCCGAGGGGACAAACGUCCCUAGAUCCAGUCUGUGUCAUUUACCAUCUAACACUGACCUCUUUGCCUAUUUUCUCCUGGUAACAAACUUUGCCCUAUUGACGCUUCAGGUAUCACUCUGUCCGUUACCCAGCAAUGGGACUGACUCCCAAACAACACAUCCCAUUGUUUACACUGUGCUCCAUUCUCUUCACUGGGGGGUGCCAUUUUAACAUCUAUUGGCACCCUUUCCAAUAACAUCUGGAAAAGCACUUCAAAACAUCUAAGUGCAUUUGCUCUAACAUAUGUAUAUACGUAUGGUGUUAUGAGCACCAAGGUGUGCCAUAUCUUACAUCCAAUGGCGCCCUUUCCAAUAACAUCUGGAAAAGCACUUACAAACAUCAAAAAGUGCAUUUGCUCUAACAUAUUUCUAUGGUGAUGCUGCAGUGUUGCCAAACACAUUCACUUGGCCCAAAAAAUGUUACAUGUAAGGAUCAAUGCAUUCCAAUCAUUGCAAACACAUGACUACACUUUUUAUUGUGUAUUUAUCACCAGUGCAGUGUUGCUUCAAAUGUUCCAUAUGCUAAUCAAGCGCUGUUUGUAUGUGUUUCUCAUGUUAGGAGCAUUCAUGUAACAAUGGCCUAUGUUCUGCAACUGUCAAAGUGAAAACAGUGUGCCUUGUGCUUUCCACUAUGAAGUAUUGUUGUCUACCUAUGGCAUACUUUGGCUACCCAGCACUCAUAAUAUGUGCUAUUGCUGACUACCUCCUCCUCCUCCUCCAUCACCUCCUCCACCUGUGGUACUUAAAUAGCAAGUCCCAGGUAUAUGAUAUGCC